AUGGCUCUCUUCGACUCGGCUCCGCGGGUAUUUCUCGCCGCUACAGCCCUCCGCCUCAUUCUCCUUAUUUACGGAGGUUGGCAGGAUGCCCACUCUGCUGUGAAAUACACUGAUAUCGAUUACAUGGUGUUCACUGAUGCUGCGCGCUAUGUUGCGAAAGGUGAAUCACCGUAUGCCCGCGACACUUACCGCUACACGCCGCUUUUGGCUUGGAUGUUGGUACCGACGGCAUGGGAGGGUUCCGCGCCUUGGCCAACGCUCACUUUCGCAUUUGGCAAGGUUCUUUUUGCUCUCUCUGAUGUUCUGGCAGGAUGGCUCGUUGUGCAGCUUUUGACUCGCUGCUAUCGAUUUCCUGCUGAGCGUGCCUUGCGCUAUGUUGCUGCUGUUUGGUUGUGGAAUCCCAUGGUUGCCAAUAUUAGCACAAGGGGUAGCUCGGAGGGACUGCUUGGUGUGCUUGUUGCGGCCCUUCUGUGGGCCACUUUGACUAGGAAGCCUAUUCUGGCUGGUUUGAUCUUGGGCCUUGCUGUGCAUUUCAAGAUCUAUCCGUUCAUCUAUGGCGUGUCCAUUCUCUGGUGGUGGGAUGCGGAGCGUGACGGUUCUUCUUCAACUAGUUCGGGUUUGCUGUCCAAGGCUGUGAACUUCCUCACCCCAUCCCGGCUUAAGUUUACUGCGUCAGCACUGGUCAGCUUCGUGGCCCUGAACCUGGUCAUGUAUUUUCAGUACGGCCAACCGUUCCUUCAGCACACAUUCCUUCACCAUCUCACUCGUAUCGACCACCGCCACAACUUCUCCCCCUACAGUACCUUGCUGUAUCUGUCCGCUGCCGGUGGCGUGGAGACUCACUUCGAAGCGCUGGCGUUUAUCCCUCAGCUGGUUCUUGUGGUUGUUGGCCUUCCUCUUGUUCUGGCAAAGAAAAGUUUGACGACCGCUAUGUUAGCGCAGACCUUUGCCUUUGUAACUUUCAACAAAGUGUGCACAAGUCAAUACUUCUUGUGGUACCUCAUACUCCUCCCAUUCUAUCUUCCUUCUUCGUCCCUUAUUCGCAAACCAAGACUCGGGGCUUCAGUCGCCCUUUUAUGGGUUCUUGGACAGGCUCUCUGGUUGCACCAAGGAUACAACCUUGAGUUCCUUGGGCUAACCUCAUUUGUGCCUGGGUUGUUCCUCGCCGGGCUGUUCUUUUUCUCCGUCAACGUGUGGAUCCUGGGUAUUAUCAUUCGGGACGGAGGCGAUGGGGCCGGUGAGAUUGAAACAAUCGCCGAAACCCUCAAGGCGGAUUAG